AUGAAGGCUGACAAAAGGAGAUCUCUUUUUGGCGUUACCCAACGCAGCCACAGAUGCAGCUGGGAAUCCAAGCACUGUGGAGCAGCAGAGGGAAGGGAAGUUUGCUACAAAAGGCUUGGAUGCUUUUCAGACAGCCCCCCAUGGGCUGGGAUCCCGGGGAGACAACUGGCAGGCUUGCCCAGCUCUCCAGAUGCUGUGAACACAAACUUCCUUCUUUACACCAAGGAUAACAGGAUGAAAUAUCAAAAAAUUUCAGCCACAAAUCCUUCAACCAUAAAAGCUUCGAAUUUCCGAGCACACAGGAAAACUCGUUUCAUUAUACACGGCCACCUUGCCGGAGCAGAUCUCCCCUGGAUAACAAGCAUAUGCAGGUCCAUGUUUCACUCUGAAGAUGUGAACUGCAUUUUGACAGACUGGAGGGGCGGCUCCAGUGGUCUGUACACGGACGCUGUCAACAACGUCCGCAUUGUGGGGGCCGAGCUGGAGUACCUGGUGAACUUCCUCGAGACAGAGUAUGGCUACUCUCCUGCCAACAUCCAUUUCAUCGGCCAUAGCCUUGGAGCACACGUAGCAGGGGAGGCAGGGAGGAGGAAACCUGGCAUUGGAAGAAUAACAGGUUUGGAUCCAGCUGGGCCCCUUUUCCAGUACACUCCCACAAUGGUUAGGCUGGAUCCUUCAGAUGCAAAAUUUGUUGAUGUAAUUCAUACUCAUGCUGGUCAUCUUUUCUUUGACUUUGCUCCAGGCAUUCUUCAGACUUGUGGCCACCUGGAUUUUUACCCAAAUGGUGGGAAGAAGAUGCCAGGAUGCAACCAGCUUCGUGUACCUCCUGCAACUCGGGAUAUCAAUGACCUGAUGAGAGCAUACAGAUCUUUUGGAUGUGGACAUAAAAGAAGUCUCAGGUAUUAUGCUGAGAGCAUCAUGACUCCAAAUGGAUUUGUGGGGUAUCUGUGUGACACAUACCGAGAAUUUGUGCUGGGAGACUGCUUUCCAUGUCCAGAGGAAGGAUGCCCACUGAUGGGUCAUUAUGCUGAUACAUUUUUACAUAAAACUGCAAAAGAAGAGCAAAAGGUUUAUUUAAACACAGGGCCCUCCCCUCCAUAUGCUCGCUGGCGAAAAGAGAUACAUGUCAAAGUAUGUGCAACAGAAACCAUGAAGGGAAAUAUAGAUGUAGCCUUGACUGGAACUAAUGGAUUCAGAAAAAAAUAUACCAUUGACAAGGGAACUUUCAAACCAGGGAACACAUACUUGAACUACAUUGAUACAGAAAUUCCUGGGAACAUAUCAAAAGUUGAGUUUCUCUGGAAAAAGCAUCUAGGUCAUGUAGACAGAGGCUGCAUGGGAGCUGAAGAAGUCAGAAUAAUAUCUGGGGAAAACGGAAAUAUGUCUGUGUUCUGUGGGUGUGGGACUGUGCAGCCCAGCAUGUGGCAAGCCCUGGCUCUUUGCUGAGGGCCAGGAAUGCCUGGAACACCGCACCAACCCUCACCAGCUGGAAGAGGACACUGCAGGCAGCAGCAAAGGAUUAUUUCCUGUACCUGAAACAGUCAUCUUCUUUAUCAAAACUGAAUUGUAUUACUGAGGAACUUGAACUUUCUGGGAGCCUUCAAUAAGAAACUAUUUUCUCUUUGCCAGUGAAACAGAAUUUUCAACCUCUAGUUGGCCUUUGUGACAAUACUGAAGUCAGACUUGAGCUACGUCAUUUGGAUUAGCAUUGCCACUCCAAAUUUGUCAGCAUUUGGAUUGUAUUGGUUAGCAAAACCAGACCACUAAGAGUUAUCAGCAUCAGCCAAAAUAAAUUAAGGUUCCUUUGUUUCAACACAAGCUACCCACAAAAAUUCUUUAAUUUUUUAAUUACCAGCUGUUGUCUAAGGCAUGCAACUGAUUUUUGCAUCUGAUGUGAGGUUUAUCAUUUGGGUGCAGAAAUUAUGUGUAUCAAUCACAUUGGGCAAUUCUGUUGUGUCCCAUCCUGACAACCAGCUAUUCCAGAAUGCUCCAGUGAGGUUCACCAGAAGGUGUUGCUGUGUUUCACAAGGCUGAAUGUGGCUGAUGAACAGGUGUGUUUCAAAUUAUGCAGCAAUACUGCUUUUGAGAUAGCAGAACCCCGUGACCUCCUGUGAAGAUUGCUGAAGGAGCUUGCUCAGGAUAUAAAUCAGAUGUCUGCCUUCUCAGAGUCACUCUUCAGUAGUGUUUUAUCAUCUUUAUUUAUCAUCUCCCUGUGAGUAGGACAGGACCAGAAACCAUCUUGAGUAGGAAAUUCAUCCUUCUGUACCCCUUAAGGAUAUUUCUUGGCAAGAUGCCCUUCUUGACUAAGAAGGGUCUCCCCACACUUGUGCUCCCCUGGAGUUAUAAAAAAAAAACCAGGUACUUCUACACAGUUUGGAAAUAUCUGUAACACAGAAAUAUCUGUAAUUGCAACAUCUUGAACAUCCUCCAUAAACCAUGCAUGGAUCUCUGCCCCAGAGUUGCACAAACUAAGGAGACUAUUAUUUUGCCUUUCUUACAGUCAGGAAGUGAAGCAAAAUAAAUGUAAGUAUUUUCCUCAGGAUCACAGAACCUGUGCAGGAGGGGCAGGGAGUGGGCUCUAUGGCAUGAACAGGAGUGUGAUCAGUGCCAUGUAAGGCAUCACUCCUCAUAGGAAACAAACAAAAUCCUAUUGGACUCAAGACUUUUUAAAGCCCAUCCUCUCCUGCCUCCAUACUUGAC